AAGGCACACAUACUAUAAAUAAAACUUCCUUAACCACCUCUGUCCAAUCACAACCCUCUUCCUGGUCUCUGUCCAACACAACACUGUGUACAGGAAAAGAGUACACACACACAUACAACCAGACCAGGAAUGUUCCCACUCAAAAGCACAAACAAUUUCAGAGAAACGAAAGUAGUGUCAAUCGGCUCAGUCUGUUAGUGUGUGCACCACAAUGUCAGCAGCCAUGGAUUCCAUCAGUUGUUCAAUAUGUCUGGAUCUACUGAAGGAUCCGGUGACUAUUCCCUGUGGACACAGCUACUGUAUGGGUUGCAUUAAGGACCGCUGGAAUCAGGAUGAUCUGAAGGGUGUCCUGAUCAGCUGCCCCCAGUGCAGACAGAACUUCAACACCUGGCCUGUUCUGAAGAAAACCACCAUGCUAGCAGAAUUGGUGGAGAAUCUGAAGAAGACAGGACUCCAAGCUGCUACCCCUGCUCACCAUUAUGCUGGACCUGGAGAUGUGGUGUGUGAUGUCUGCACUGGGAGAAAACUAAAAGCUGUCAAGUCCUGUCUGGUGUGUCUAGCCUCUUACUGUGAGCCUCACCUCCAGCCUCACUAUCAAUCUCCUGCCUUUAAGAAGCACAAGCUGGUCAAAGCCUCCACACAACUAGAGGAGAAGAUCUGCUCUCGUCAUGACAAACUGGUGGAGAUUUACUGCCGAACCGAUCAGAAGUUUAUCUGUUAUCUGUGUACAAUGGAUGAACAUAAAGGCCACGAUACAGUCUCAGCUGAAUCAGAAAGGACUGAGAGACAGAGUCAGGUGGGGGAAAAACAACAAAAAUCCAAACAAAGAAUCCAGGAUAAAGAGAAUGAGAUGCAAGAGGUGAGACAGGCUGUGUAUUCACUCAAGAGCUCUGCAGAGGCAGCAGUGAAGAACAGUGAGAGGAUCUUUACUGAACUGAUCCGCUCCAUUGAGAGAAGGCGCUCUGAGGUGAAAGAUUUGAUCAGAACCCAGGAGAAGGCUGAAGUGAGUCGAGCUGAAGGACUGCUGAAGCAACUGGACCAGGAGAUGGCUGAGCUGAGGAGGAGAGAUACUGAGCUGGAGAAGCUCUCACACACAGAAGACAACAUCCAAUUCCUCCAGAGUUUCCAGUCUCUCUGUGUCCCUCUUGGAUCUAAGGCCUUACCCAGCAUCACUUUCAAUCAACACGUCACCUUUGAGGAUAUAAGGAAAUCAAUCUCUGGGCUGAAAUGUAAAGUUGAAAAGAUCUGUUCUGGAGAAAUUGCCAACAUCUCUGUAAAAAUGACAAAAGUCCACAUUGUUCCACCUUCUGAGCCCCGUUGUGUUCUGUCAUUUGGCACAACUCAGUCUGGACUGUCAGUUGGAGAACUAGCAUUACAUGGGAAUGACACCACCUUUCAGAAGACGAGGGCUGAACCCAAGACCAGAGAGGAGUUCUUGGAAUAUUCCUGCCAGCUCACAUUGGAUCCCAACACAGCACAUAAAAUGCUGUGUCUGUCUGAGGGGAACAGAAAGGUGACACGGAGUAAUUACGACCAGCUUUAUCCUGACCAUCCAGACAGAUUUACCACCUACGUCCAGGUGUUGUGUAGAGAGGGUCUGUCUGGAGCCUGCUACUGGGAGGUAGAGUGGAGCGGGGUGGAGGUUUAUAUAGCUGUCUCAUAUAAAGGGAUCAGCAGGAGAGGACAAAAUGAGUGGUUUAGAAGCAGUAAUCAGGCCUGGUGUUUGGAGUGUGGUGUCUCAAGCUGCUCCUUCUAUCACAAUGAUAAACAGACUGACAUACCUGUCCCCCGCUCCACCAGAGUAGUAGGAGUGUACUUGGACCACAAGGCAGGAACUCUGUCCUUCUACAAUGUCUUUGACAAUAUGACCCUUCUCCACAGAGUCCAGACCAGUUUCACUCAGCCCCUUUAUCCUGGGUUCUAUGUCACUACGUAUCUCAAGAUACUGACACCGACACAGUGAUUAACUUGAACGAGUUACAGUCAUACAGUUAGAAUACAGAAAAGGGUCAGAAAAGGGACCGGAAAGAUCCAUAUUGUAAGGUUUUAACUUAAAAUCAUUGCAUCAAGUGGUUAAUAAAUAUUACCAAGUUUAAAUAAAUGUGUACAUAAAUUA